AUGGCAUCCACCAAAGCACUCGCCGCACGAAGCCUGCAAAGCUGGAUCGACAGCAUCACGCAGCAGGAUGACCCUCGGGUGGGCUCGGGGAGGGAAGGAUCGGAGGACAAGGGCACACUCAGCGCGGCCAACGGCAACAAGGGCGCGUCGCUGUCCAAACUGGGCUCGACAUUUGUGCCCGUCAUUAUCUACGUCGCCGUAUGCUUGACCAUAUUCAUUAUUGGUCGCCGACGUCUGCGACGAGUCUACUCUCCUCGGACAUUCGCCGCGCUGCGAGCGCCUGAGGCGCCCACGCCCGCCUUGCCAGGCGGCUGGUUCAACUGGAUCAUCCCCUUCUUCAAGACGCCCGACACCUUCGUCCUCAACCAUGGCUCGCUUGACGGCUUCUUCUUCCUGCGGUUCCUCAAGGUGCUGCGCAACAUCUGCUUCGCAGGCUGUCUGAUCGGCUGGCCCAUCUUGUUACCCCUUCACGCCACGGGCGGCCGGGGCAAGGUCGAGCUAGAGAAGCUGACGAUUGGUAACGUCGACAAUCCGAGCCGGUUGUACGCCAAUGUGCUGGUGGCAUGGCUGCUCUUUGGCUUCGUUCUCUUCACGGUCGCCCGCGAGAACAUUUACUACAUCAACAUGCGUCAAGCCUAUCUUUCCUCGCCAUACUACUCCCAACGCCUGUCGUCCCGGACCGUCCUCUUCACCAGCGUGCCCCAGCGCUAUCUCGACGAGGCGAGGCUGCGGAAGCUGUACGGCGACUCGGUGAAGCGCAUCUGGCUUCCUCGAACGUCCAAGCAUCUCGUGAACCUCCUGAAGGAGCGAGAGCAGACUGCCAUGCGGCUGGAAAAGGCCGAGAUCACCCUCAUACGAAAAGCGAACGCCGUACGUGACAAGCAACUCCGAAAGAACCCCAGAUCAGCCGACGAGAAAGUCUGGGCCACGGAAACAGCGCGAGGCGCAAAGGAGGAAGGAAAGUCCAACCCGCAGCUUUCCAACGAGGAAGUGAGACCAAGCGCAGACACGGAUCAUGCGAUCGAAGAGAGCUCAGCGGGCGGGAACUCGGGCCUGCACACGCUCCAAGGUGUUGUGACUGACGCAGACACGAAUGCGGACACCAAGGCUGAAGACAAUGACGAGGCUCGGUACACGCACCCCUACGGCCUGAACCCGAACAUGUCAGAUGUGCGCGGAUCGGUCGCUGCCCAGUACUUGCCAGCCGAGGCGCGUCCCUACCACCGCCCCAUUGGCAACUAUUUCCGUCGGAUCGACACCAUCCGCUGGACACGGCGACGCUUGAUCGAGCUGAACCGGGACGUUGCGCAGAUCAGGAAGCGUCUGCGCGGCCCCAACUGUGAGGCCAGCGACAUGAUGUCUGCUGCCUUCAUCGAGUUUGACACCCAAGAAGCCGCGCAAGCUGCCCACCAGUCGCUGGCCCAUCAACUGCCACUGCACAUGGCACCGCGCCUACUGGGCGUACGACCGGACGAAAUUGUUUGGGACGUGCUAAGGAUGCCUUGGUGGUCGCGUAUCAUUCGCCGCUUCGUAAUCAUGGGCCUGAUCGUUGCGGGCAUCAUCUUCUGGUCCAUCCCCUCCGCGUUUGUGGGUGUCAUCUCGAACGUGCAGACACUGACCAAGAUGGCUCCGUGGCUUGGCUGGAUCAUGAAGCUUCCGGGGCCCAUCUUGGGCUUGCUGACCGGUUUCGCACCGGCUCUCAUCUUGUCCAUGUUCAUGGCCCUCGUGCCAGGCAUACUGCGCGCCUGCGCCCGCGCCGCCGCCGUGCCCACCUCGAACAUGGUCGAGCUGUUCACCCAGACCUCCUACUUUGCCUUCCAGGUCGUGCAGGUCUUCCUGGUGACCACCCUCACGUCGGCGGCCUCGGCAGCGUUCUUUGACAUUCUGAAAAACCCCUUGGACGCCAAGGACGUGCUGGCAGAGAAUCUCCCGAUGGCGUCCAACUUUUACAUCUCGUACAUCCUCAUCCAGUGUCUCGCCAACGCCGGCACGUCCAUCCUCCAGCCCAUUGACCUCCUCCGCCAUGGGAUCCUGGGGCGCAUUGCGCAGAUCCCACGCUCCCACUACCGGCUCUGGCACAGCAUGCGCCGCACCGCGUGGGGCCGCGAUUACCCCGUCUUUACCAACCUGGGCGUCAUUGCGAUGGCGUACGCCUGCAUCGCGCCCGUGAUCCUCGCAUUCGCCGGCCUGGGGAUGGCAUUCAACUACAUUGUCUGGCGGUACAAUCUCAUCUACGUCUUGGACUCGGAUCUUGACAGCAAGGGGCUUUACUAUCCCCGUGCUCUGAACCACCUUGUCGUGGGGCUGUACCUCGCCGAAUUGUGCCUCACUGGCAUGUUCUUCCUCAAUUCGGCCACGGGGCCCGGUGUCUUGAUGGCGCUGCUGCUUGUCCUGACGGGGCUCAUACACCUCUCGAUCAACCAGGCCAUCUCUCCUCUGCUGCAGAAUCUGCCCCAGACGUUGAAGCUGGAAGAGGAGAUCCAGGAAGAGGAGAGACAAAAGGCCGAGGCAGCACGUGCGCAGCGAGAAGACACCUCGGUUGGCGUGAACGGCGCAGCAGCCAGCUACUUUGACGAGGACGAGCAUUUCGGCGACGAGGACGAAGACCUGGCCGGCCACAGCGACGAUGGCGAGGUGCACGAGACGUCGGGGACCAGGGCGAUGGAAGGCUCACGCACCGUUCGCGACACCGUGGGCACGUUUCUCAAGAACUACACCAAUUUCAAACUCAAACAGGAGGCCCAGUCGAUGGGGAUCAACCUUGAGCGGGACCCCGACGCGAAACCCAAUAUUGUCACGCGGUGGCUGAACCCGCACAUUCACGAGGACUUUAUUGCGAUCCGCAAGCACCUCCUCACACUGCCCCAGGAGCUGCCGGAUGCCGGAGACGACCCCCGGCGAUCAUACCAUCCGCCGGAGAUGUGGACACCCAAGCCAAUACUGUGGAUUCCCGAGGACGAUGCGUGUGUCAGUCGACAGGAAGUGGCGCACACGCGAAAGUCGACGCCCAUCUCGGACAAGGGUGCGCGCCUGGAGGGAGGAGGACGCGUGCGCGUCGAGGUCGAGAAGGCACCGUUCUGGCAGCCUCGUCUCAUUUUAUGA